AUGUCAAAGAAAACACUCAGAAUCGGAGUAGACGUUGGCGGAACCAAUACCGAUGGCGUGGUCCUGGACCCGACGCGGGCCUCAGACCCAGACAAGGGCAUCAUGGCCUCUCACAAAUCUCCCACGACGACGAACCCCAGCCUGGGUAUUAACAGCACCAUCACCACUAUGUUCAAAACGGCGAACAUCAGCCCGGACCAAGUAGCCAGCGUCACUAUCGGCACGACGCACUUCGUCAACGCCGUCGUCGAACGGGAUGCGAACAGGUUGUCCAAAGUCGCCGUGCUCCGCCUCGUCGGGCCCUUCGCUAAGCACGCCACGCCGUGCAUAGACUGGCCCGACGACAUGCGCGAGUUGAUUCUCGGGUACUAUGCGCUUAUCAAGGGCGGGCUUGAGGUGGAUGGGCAUUUGAUUUCGGAUAUCGACGUCGAGGAAAUCAAAGCCGAGUGUGCCAAGAUCAAGGAAAGGGGCAUCAAGUCCGUAGUUGUCGUCGGUAUUUUCAGUCCGAUCGACACGGUCGAGCGACAGGAAGAGCGCGCGGCGGAUAUAAUCCACGCCGAGAUCCCCGGGUGCGACGUCGUGCUGUCGAAGGAAGUAGCCAACUUGGGGUUUCUGGAACGGGAAAACGCGGCGAUCUUGAACGCAUCGAUUUUGCCGUUUGCGAGGAAGACGAUACGGUCGUUUCAGGAGCCUAUCAAGGCUUUGGGUUUGCAUUGUCCUGUGUUCAUCACGCAGAACGACGGGACCAUUUUGUCGGGGGAUAUGGCGGCCAGAUUACCGAUUAGGACGUUCUCGAGCGGGCCGACGAACAGUAUGAGGGGGGCGGCUUUUUUGGUCGGGAGCAACGACGGGCUCGAGGAUGCCAUGAUGGUGGUGGAUGUGGGGGGCACGACGACGGAUGUCGGGUUAUUGCUUGCGAAUGGGUUUCCGAGGCAGCAGGCGGCAUAUAGCGAUUUGGCCGGGGUGAGGAUGAACUUUUCGUGUCCGGAUAUUAAGAGUAUCGGGCUUGGGGGCGGCUCGGUUGUGCGGGAUGAAGAGGUGAUGACGGUCGGGCCGGAUAGUGUUGGGUAUAAGCUUACGGAGGAGGCAAGGGUGUUUGGGGGCAAGGUACUGACUGCGACGGACUGUACGGCAUUGGCGAAUCCGAAUAUUAAGGUUGGUGACGCGGAGUUGGUCAAGGGCGCGCUGAGUGAGGAGGGGAUCAAGAAGUUCAGGGCUGUGGUGACGAAGAAGCUGGAGAAGAUCAUCGAUACGAUGAAGACUUCGCCUGAAGACUUGCCAGUGUUGCUUGUUGGUGGUGGCGCCAUCAUCGCACCGGAUCAGCUGAAAGGGGCGAGCAAAGUGCUCAAACCAAAGUAUGCAGAGGUCGCAAAUGCGGUUGGGGCUGCCAUUGCCAGAGUCAGUGCUGUUGUCGAUACGGUCAGGUCGACGGAAUCCAGGACCACACAGCAGAUCUUGGAUGAGGUUUGUCAGGAUGCGAUUGAGAGGACGGUAACAGCCGGGGCUCUACGGGAGAGUGUUAAGAUUGUUGAGAUGGAGAACCUGCCCCUGGCGUAUAUCGCCAACAAAACGCGCUUCAUCGUCAGAGCCGCAGGAGAGUGUGACUACUCACGAACUGACCUAGAGACCGCGGCAGAUGCCGGUUCUUCUUCCCCUGACUCGGCAGACCAGAUGGACGAGUACAAAAAAUCAGCUGCCGAAGAGAAGUCAACCAAGAAAACCAAAUCCGAACCCAAGGAAGAAAUCGACAUCGCAACAUACAAACCCACCGUCAAGAACCGAGUCUGGUACGUCAACGAAACCGAUCUUUCCUGGAUCUCCAUCGGUUGCUACAUCCUCGGCACCGGCGGCGGCGGCUCCCCUUACGCGCACGAGCUCAACCUGCGGCGGCUCAUGCGCCUCGGCGCCAUAGUCCGGGUCGUCAGCCCCGACGACCUGCCCGACGACGCCCAAGUUGGCUGUGGCGGCGGCGCCGGCUCUCCCACCGUAGGAAUCGAAAAGCUCGCCGGCGACGCCAUGAUGGAAUCGCAAAUCGAGCUCUACAAAGUCUGCCCCCAAAAAGCAACCCACAUGAUCGCCAUGGAAAUCGGCGGCGGCAACGGGCUGCAGGGCAUGACGUUGGGCGCAAGCCUCAACAUGGACCUUCCCUGCGUGGACGGCGACUGGAUGGGAAGGGCGUUCCCGACCAAAUGGCAGACUACCCCAGUAGUAUUCAACGAGCGCAGUCCCAUCUGGGCACCUAUCGCCAUGACGGACGGGAACGGGAAUACGCUCAUCAUGCCGUCAGCGAAAUCGGACGCGCAUGUAGAGCGGAUUUUGCGCGCAGCGCUGUCGCAGAUGGGAUCUAGUGUUGCAGCGGCGGAACCGCCCGUCACGGGGGCGGAGUGUAGGAGAUGGGCGGUGGAGCAUACGGUUUCGCAGUCGUGGCGGAUUGGGAGGGCAGUGGCGAGGGCUAGAAAAGAAAACUGUGUGGAUAGGGUUGCAGAGGUGAUUUUGGAUGAGUGUGGAGGCCAGGGAAUCGGGGGGAGGGUGUUGUGGAAGGGGAAGAUCGUGGGCGUGAAGAGGGAGUUGAGGGCUGGGCAUAUAUAUGGUGAGUGUAUUAUUGAAGGGGCGGAUGUGGUGGAUGAUACUGUGAAUCCGGAGAGGGUGAAAGAAUUGGCUGCUGCGGAAGGGCAAGGGGGAGGGGAAGCGAAGCAGUUCAAGGGUUUAAUUAAUAUUCCGUUCAAGAACGAGAAUAUUGCUGCUAUCAAGUUCAGCAAAUCGAAAGAUCAGGACGGCAAGGAAGUGGAAAAGGAGGAGGAAGUACUGGCUGUGGUCCCGGACCUCAUCAGCAUCAUCGACGCCCAGAAUGGGGAGGCUAUCGGAACUCCUGAGUACAGGUACGGCCUGCUGGUCGUCGUGCUCGGCAUCACAGCGAGUGACCGUUGGACUUCGGAGAGGGGAAUCGAGAUUGGAGGACCGAAAGGGUUCGGCAUGGACGACCGAUUCACGUAUAAGCCCAUGGGGAAGUUUGUGAAGCCGGUUAGUGUUAUCGAUGAGUUUGAUGUGAGUGAAUAG